GGGUCUACGCUUUCGUCUCUUCUUCCUUUUCUUCGGAAUUCAAACAACUGCAACUCAAUUUAUCCGUGAAAUCCCUUUUCUCCCCCUCCUCGGUUUUUCCUCGUACUGUUCUUUUGCGAGCAUAUACUUCGAACCCGGACUUGAAAUUUUGUGAAUUAUGAGAAAAUUUAGUAUAAUUUUUUUGAACUGCAUGCUCCCAGAUGCAGCGUAAUCUAAAAGCUCAUUCCGCAGGUUGAUGAUCUCGUAAUCUUCUUAAUUUUCCCCAGUUAGACAUUGCAGUUCUCCUAAUCUUUCCAUGGAGGUUCUUCUAUUGUUCAUAUUCCCGUCUCCGUGUCUUCAUUUCAACAAAGUCCUUUCGCUACUGGGAAAUACCCCUAAAAAAAAAAAAAAAAAAAAAAAACGGGAGGAGACAGGGAGGAAGAUGAAGAAGAAAGAGGAGACAGUGGAAUUUUGGUGAAAUUGAGAGAGACAUGUCUUGUAUUAGCAGAACCGAGGGAAGACCAAGAGUUGGUGUAAAAUUGCCCACGGUGGAAGUGCGAUAUAAAAAUCUGCAUGUGGAGGGAGACUGUGAGGUAGUUCCUGGCAGGCCAGUCCCAACUCUAUGGAAUUCUGUUCGAAGCACUCUUUCUGACUUUGCCCAGAUUCUAGGUUCAAAAUCACGCAAAUCCAAGAUAAGCAUCAUUAAGGAUGUUAGUGGUGUUAUAAAGCCCGGAAGGAUGACUCUACUGCUUGGCCCCCCGAGUUGUGGGAAGACAUCCCUUUUGUUGGCACUUUCGGGGAAUCUUAACCAUUCUUUGAAGGUUACAGGGGAAAUUUCAUACAAUGGGCAUAAGUUGGAAGAGUUUGUUCCGCAAAAGACUUCUGCUUAUAUAAGUGAAUAUGAUCUGCAUAUUCCAGAGAUGACUGUGAGGGAGACGCUUGAUUUUUCAGCCUGUUUUCAGGGUGUUGGAAGCCUAGCAGAAAUAAUGAAUGAGGUAAGCCGAAGGGAGAAACAGUCAGGAAUUAUUCCAGAUCCAGACUUGGAUGCUUACAUGAAGGCAAUUUCCAUUGAAGGGCUGAAAAGAUCACUACGAACAGACUACAUUUUAAAAAUCCUUGGACUUGAUAUAUGUGCUGAGACAUUGGUAGGAGAUGCCAUGAGAAGAGGUAUCUCUGGAGGUCAAAAAAGAAGAUUGACUACAGGGGAGAUGAUUGUAGGUCCCACAAGAGCUUUGUUUAUGGAUGAAAUAUCAAAUGGCUUGGACAGUUCCACUACUUUUCAGAUUGUAGCUUAUCUGCGGCAGUUGGUGCAUAUCGUAGAUGCAACCAUACUAGUUUCUCUUCUUCAGCCAGCACCAGAAACCUUCGAUCUUUUUGAUGACAUUAUUUUGAUGGCUGAAGGGAAGAUUGUGUAUCAUGGACCACGUGAUCAUGUUCUAGAGUUUUUUGAGGAUUGUGGAUUUAAAUGUCCUGCAAGAAAAGGCAUCGCUGACUUCCUCCAGGAGGUGAUCUCUAGAAAAGAUCAAGCACAGUACUGGGUUCACACAGAACAACCUUACAGCUAUGUUUUUAUUGAUUGGUUCUCUUCAAAGUUCAAGGCAUUUCCUUUAGGGGAGAAGCUGGAUGAAGAACUCUUGGAGCCUUUUGUUAAUUCCCAAAUCCCUAAGAAUUCUCUUUCCUUCAGCAUGUAUUCGCUUUCAAAGUGGAAACUCCUUAGCACUUGUUUGUCAAGGGAAUUUCUUCUAAUGAGAAGGAAUGCUUUUGUCUAUAUAUUUAAAGUAGCUCAGCUUGUCAUCCUUGCGCUUAUCCAGAUGACUGUAUUUCUGCGGACUCAAAUGGAUAUUGAUGUUGUUCAUGCAAAUUACUACAUGGGUGCCCUGUUUUAUGCACUCAUGGUACAUUUCCUUGACGGACUUCCAGAAUUGUCCUUGACUGCUGCAAGGCUUCCUAUUUUUUAUAAACAAAGAGACUUCUACUUUUACCCAGCUUGGGCUUAUGCAAUUCCAGCCACUAUUCAAAGGGUUCCCCUUACAUUGUUGGAAUCUUUGAUUUGGACAUCUCUUACUUAUUAUGUCAUUGGUUACAGUCCAGAGGUUGGAAGAUUCUUCCGCCAGUUCAUUCUACUUUUUGUUGUUCGCUUGUCAUCAUUAUCCAUGUUCCGUUUUCUGGCCUCAAUCUUGCGAAACAAAGAUGCUUCUUCAAUGGCUGGUAGCAUGUUGUUGUUAGCGGCUUUUUCAUUUUCUGGCUUUGUCAUCCCACUGUCCUCUAUGCCAGUGUGGUUGAGAUGGGGAUUUUGGGUUUCUCCAAUGACGUAUGGAGAAAUAGCCCUAUCUGUAAAUGAGUUUCUUGCUCCACGUUGGCAAAAGAUGCUGCCUGCAAAUAUAAACAUUGGAACAAAAACACUUGAGAGCCAUGGAGUUAACUUCGACGGACAACUGUUUUGGAUCUCAAUUGGUGCCUUACUAGGGUUUAUUAUCAUUUUCAACAUUGGUUUUACCUUGGCCCUGACUUUCUUAAAGUCUCCUGGUAGGUCUUGUGCCGUUAUAUCAAGUGAAAAGCUUGCACAAAUACAGAGAACUGAAUAUUCUAGCCAUGGUUCACGCAUCAAUGAUGAGUCCAGAAAUUCUCCUCCUACAAUUCUUUCAGAACCCAAUAAAGACAGGAAAUUUUUACCUUUCCAACCGCUACCAAUGACAUUUCAAGACAUGCAAUACUAUGUUGACAACACUUUGGGAAUGAAAAAACAGGGUUACAGUCAGAGGAAACUACAACUUCUUUGUGAUAUUACGGGUGUAUUGAGGCCUGGUGUUUUGACAGCACUGAUGGGUGUCAGUGGUGCUGGGAAAACAACUCUUCUGGAUGUUCUUGCAGGAAGAAAAACUAGUGGUACUGUUGAAGGGACAGUUAAAAUUGGAGGGUACACUAAGGUUCAAGAAACAUUUGCUAGGAUUUCAGGCUACUGUGAGCAAGCUGACAUACACUCCCCACAAAUCACUGUAGUAGAAUCUGUUAUUUAUUCUGCUUGGCUGCGUUUGUCUCCUGAAGUUGAUUCAAAAACUAAAUCCGAAUUUGUAAAUGAUGUCCUUGAGACUAUUGAGCUUGAUGGAAUCAAAGAUAACAUAGUAGGCAUACCUGGUGUUAGUGGUCUCUCAAAUGAGCAACGUAAGCGGCUCACUAUUGCUGUGGAGCUUGUAGCUAACCCCUCUAUUAUCUUCAUGGAUGAACCCACAUCUGGUUUGGAUGCUAGAGCUGCUGCAAUUGUAAUGAGAGCAGUGAAGAAUGUGGUUGGUACAGGAAGAACAAUUGUUUGUACGAUUCACCAACCAAGUAUUGAGAUAUUUGAAGCAUUUGAUGAGCUGAUUCUCUUGAAAAAUCGUGGACGAAUAAUAUACUCUGGACCUUUAGGUCAACACUCAAGUAGGCUCAUUGAAUAUUUUGAGGGUAUCCCUGGGGUUCCAAAGAUAAGAAAUAACUACAAUCCAGCAACGUGGAUGUUGGAAGUCACUUCUGCAUCUGCAGAAGCUGAACUUGGUGUUGAUUUUGCUCAAAUUUAUAAAAGUUCUGCUCUAUGCGAGGAGACCAAAAUGCUCGUGAAGCAGCUGAGUACUCCACCUCCAGGUUCAAGAGAGUUACAUUUUCCAACUCGCUUUUCUCAAAAUGGUUGGGAACAAUUCAAAUCUUGCCUGUGGAAACAACAUUUGUCUUAUUGGAGAAGCCCUUCAUACAACUUGACACGUUUUAUCCUUACAAUUGUCUCAACUUUGAUUCUUGGGAUAUUGUUUUGGAAGCGAGGGGAAAAAAUAAACAACGAGCAGGAUUUGUUCAACAUGCAUGGUGCAAUGUUCUCAGCUCUUUUCUUCUUGGGCUCAAAUUUUUGCUUAACUAUUAUGCCUUAUGCUGAGAGAGAGCGAGCGGUUAUGUACCGGGAAAGAUUUGCUGGGAUGUACUCUUCAUGGGCUUAUUCACUUGCACAGGUGAUUAUUGAGGUUCCCUAUCUAUUCAUUCUAGCAGUUAUAUCUGUGAUCAUCACAUACCCAAUGAUGGGGUAUUACUGGUCCGCGCAAAAUAUUUUUUGGUACUUCUAUGCCAUGUUCUUUGCGCUGCUGUACUUCACUUAUCUGGGAAUGCUGCUUAUAUCAUUGACCCCAACUUUCGCAAUAGCUGCAAUUCUGGCUGCAGCCUUCUUCAGGAUCCUGUAUCUGUUUAGUGGGUUUAUCAUUCCUCAACCACAAAUUCCAAAGUGGUGGGUUUGGUUCUAUUACCUGAUGCCUGCAUCUUGGACGCUGCAUGGUCUGAUGGGUUCACAGUAUGGGGAUGUAGACCGGGAGAUUUUGGUAUUUGGAGAAACUAAAGCCCUGGCUGCCUUUGUGAAAGAUUAUUUUGGGUAUCAACGCGAUCGGUUACCAAUUGUGGGAGUUAUUAUUUUUGUCUACCCUCUCCUAGUUGCUUGUCUAUUUGCCUGUUGUAUACGUUGGUUGAAAUUCCAAAGGAGGUAAGCCCUGCAAAUGCAAAUCCAUCAAUGUACUGUUAAAUGACUUGAUCAAUUUAUUGUAAUGAUCGAACCCUGUUUGGAUCAGGUAUUUUAGUGAGAGAGAACAAAAAAGAAAAAAAGAAAGAAAGAAUGAAUUAAUUUUCUCUAGUAGUUCUCAUCUCAAGCAUUAAUGGGAAUGCAAAAUUAUGCAAAUAUGGUUGGAUAUUAAAACUAAUAUAUUUUUCAUUGGUUUGUUUUGUA